CCUCGCCCCCGCCGGGCGGGGCGCUUCUCCCUGGGGGGCGCUGGAGCAGCCGCCGGGAGCCCGCGAUGUGACCAUGGACAGCAGGUUCAAGGAAAAUCCAGAACGUACCUUUGAUUUGGUACUGCAAGUAAAAUGCCAAGCAUCUGAAAAUGAAGAUCCAGUGGUACUGUGGAAGUUCCCAGAGGACUUUGGAGACCAGGAAGUACUGAAUAGCGUUCCAAAGUUCUGCUUUCCUUUUGACAUUGAAAGGGUGUCCCAGAACCAGGUAGGACAGCAUUUCACCUUCGUGCUCACCGACAUUGAAAGUAAGCAAAGGUUUGGAUUUUGCCGCUUGACGUCAGGAGGCAAGGUCUGCCUCUGUAUUUUAAGUUAUCUACCAUGGUUUGAAGUCUACUACAGGCUCCUAAAUACCCUGGCAGAUUAUUUGGCUAAAGAACAGGAAAAUGACUCAAAUGAUUUGUUAAAAUCAUUGUACAGCCAUCCUGUGCCAAAGGCGAAUGCUUUAGUCAGUUUAAGUGUGAACCAAGAGCUGAUUUUUGCAAGUGAGCAAGUUUUGAAAAAACAGCCUUGUCUUGUGUCGCACUCGUAUUUCAUUACUCCUGAUACAACUGGAUUGCCAACAAUCCCUGAAAGCAGAAACCUCACUGAAUAUUUUGUUGCUGUGGAUGUGAACAACAUGCUGCAACUUUAUGCCAGUAUGUUGCAUGAGAGACGAAUCAUUAUUACCUCUAGCAAACUAAGCACUUUAACUGCUUGUGUUCAUGCGUCAGCUGCAUUGUUAUAUCCAAUGUAUUGGCAACACAUUUACAUCCCAGUGCUUCCUCCACAUCUUCUGGACUACUGCUGUGCACCGAUGCCUUAUCUAAUUGGCGUCCACUUAAGCUUAAUAGAGAGGGUAAAAAAUAGGUCACUGGAGGAUGUGGUUUUGCUAAAUGUGGACACAAACACUCUAGAAACUCCUUUUAAUGACCUUAGCAACCUACCUGGUGAAGUGGUCUCGGCCUUGAAAAAUAAACUGAAAAAGCAGUCUACAGCUACGGGGGAUGGAGUAGCCAAGGCCUUUCUGCGGGCACAGGCAGCACUGUUUGGAUCCUAUAGAGAUGCACUAAGAUACAAACCAGGAGAGCCCAUAACUUUCUGUGAGACUAGUUUUGUGAAGCAUCGUUCCAGUACUACUAAGCAGUUCCUGGAAACAGCUGUUAAUCUUCAACUGUUUAAACAGUUUAUUGAUGGUCGUCUAUCAAAAUUAAAUGCAGGAAGAGGAUUCUCUGAUGCGUUUGAAGAAGAAAUCACUGCAGGAGGCUUUUGUGGAGGAAAUUCAAGAUCUUACCAGCAAUGGGUGAAUACAGUGAAGAAAGGUGGUGCAUUGAUCAAUACAGCAAUGACCAAAGCCACUCCAGCUGUGAAAACAGCAUAUAAAUUUGCAAAAAACCAGGCAAGGCAAGGAAUAAAAGAAGUGAAGAGUAAGUUAAAACACAAGGAGAGUGAAGAGCAUGGAACUUGCAGUGCUGGUGCAGGGCAGACUGUUCCCCUUUACACAUCACAUUAUGAGAAAAGAGCAAACUCUGAAAAACGAAGACUGGCACAGACCCGUUUCAACCAGCAUCUCAGUAAUCAGGAGUUUGCUUUGGAUGAAGAUGAUGAUGAUGAAAUGGAGAGAACAAGCAAGUUAUCAUCAGAAGAUAGUGAAGAAGCUUCUGCUUACUUUUAUGAUAGUGAUGACUCUGGUGAAACUAGAAUAACUCCUCAUCAUCAAGGAGAAAUGGACCUGCUUGGGGAGAUUCUGGACACGCUAAGCACACACAGUUCAGAUCAAGGGAAGCUUUCUGGAGCUAAGAGCCUGGAUUUUUUUAGGUCAAUGGAUGACAUUGAUUACAAGACUGAGAACAAGUCAAAUGCACCAAGUGAGAGCAACCUUACCCUGCUCUGUAGCAGUGCCAGUGAUCAUGCAGAGUGGAACCUUGGCCAGGAUGACAGUGUCCUCCGUGGGAAGCAGCUGCCCCCAUCACCAAGGAAGCCAGUUCCUUCUGGUGGCCAUAGAGAAUCUCUCUCCAGGUUGGAAGAAGAAAGUAGUGAUAAAACCUUUAUUCCUGACAAGAUGAACACCACCAGUAUGACAGCCCCCUCUCCAGUACAAUCCAGUGCCCAGUUUGCUUCCCUGGAAAGUCUCAAAGCAGGUUAUUCUUCCUAUAAAUAUGCAAAGCAGAAUGAAACACUAAGCAAUACCUCAGAACAGCUCCCAGCAAAUCUUGCUCAAAAUCCAUCCAUUUUGGUCCCUUGGGAGAAAGAUGGGAAAGAAGGAACUGGAGCUCCAGAAGAGGGUGGGCUGCUUCAAGAAGUGGUGUCAUUAUGUAAACUGAGCUCUGCUUUUCACUAUGGUUUAAAUAUUUCAGAGGAUAGCUUAUCCAGUAGUAGCAGGGGAAAUAAAACGUGAGAAAGCUAUGAGAAGAGAAACUUGACUCCCAUCAGAAGUUAAUGGGAGACUACUCAGGACUCCAUAUAACUCCAUAUAACGUGAUAACCAAAAGAUGAAAAAUUAAUAAGAUAGAUUAUAAAAAUAAUUCUCUUCAUUUGAGUAUGCAUUUGCUGCCAUUGGUACAUCUCUUCUUGGUUUACCCAGUACAUUUGUUGGCUGUAGUUAAAUCCACAAAAUGGAACUCUAUAUAUGAAUGCACUCUUAAAUCAGGUACUAAUUAGUCUCUGUGUAUGGUGCUUCUUAGCAUUUGCUUCCUCUAAGCAACAGAAAAUGUUUCACCUAACAGGUAACCAGCUUUUGAAGGUACUCUAUUCAUCCCAUAAAGCAUGAAAUGAACACAGCAAUCUGAUUUGUCUGAAAUGUACAAAUGUUACUAUUUGUAAUCAAUAAUAAUUGCCUUAAUCUUUUGAGAAGGGGUUUCACUAUCUUAGAAGAUGAAUGCCAAUCUGCAAAACAGCAAUAAUGAUUUUCAAUGGCAAGAAUUUGCUUCAGCAAAGCAGGGGUAAAAGGAAACUUUUUUUAGAUUAAGGAAUUUCUUGUGAAUAUAACUUGGAACUUACUCCAAACUAAAACUGUUGCCCUGUCUUCCAGACUUCAGAAAGGCAGCAAGUGCAUGCUUUUCUCUCUUCUGUAAAGUACAUGAAGUAAUGACAAUAAUGUGACAUUUAUUGACUUCUGUUUACGACUAAGACACUUUAAAGACAUAAUAUCUGGUUUCCCUACAUAGAAUCUUA